AUGGCUUCAAGAAAGGAUAUUCCCGUCCUUAUUGCUUGCCAAGGUCCCAGUGGCCGCGUCACACGAGCUCAAGUUGCUAAUAGUAGUAGAAGAUGUGGAGUGGCUCACCCCGCACUGGUACCCGUGAGAACUGAACAAAAACCGACAGCGAAAGGGAAGACAAAACGGGGAGCUUUGGAUGAGAAUACUUGUGUAAGUGCUGUAGCUUCAGCUCCACACCCUAAAAGGAGAGCAGUGCUCAAGGACGUGACAAACAUAAGCUGUGCAAACUCAUACAGAAAUUGCACUGCUGUGACUAAGCUACAGUUGAGGCCCACCCAAAAGGUAGGACGAAAUCCAAGCAAAAACAAGCAGCGCUCAAAGAAGGUCCCUAAGCCACCUCUUCCUGCUGUUAGUGGAACUUCAUUUGUGAAUGAUUGUCACAACGUUGAAGAAGCUCAGAAGGAAGAGCUUUCACCACCAAAGGAGGAGCCCACUGCUUUGCUUGAAAACAAAGGGUCGUUGUUGCAGAAUACUGAAUGGAACAGGGAGAGUGGUUUUCAUGAGGCAUUCUUUCACGGAAGGACCACAGGAGAUAAAUUUGAAACUGCUAACUCAAACACUGGGGACUAUGCUGGUUUAAACAUUAUAGAUAUUGACAAAGAUAAUGGCAAUCCGCAAAUGUGUAUUUCCUAUGCUGCAGAGAUAUACACAAACCUAAUGGCUGCAGAGCUUAUAAGAAGGCCUAAAUCAAAUUACAUGGAGACUUUGCAAAGGGAUAUUACAAAAGGCAUGCGAGGAAUCCUCAUUGAUUGGCUUGUUGAGGUUGCUGAAGAGUAUAAACUUGUGCCAGACACGCUGUACCUAACUGUAUACCUUAUCGAUCAAUUUCUUUCUUGGAAAUAUAUUGAAAGACAGAAAUUGCAACUUCUUGGAAUAACUAGCAUGUUGAUUGCCUCAAAAUAUGAAGAGAUCUGUGCACCACGUGUUGAAGAAUUUUGUUUCAUAACUGAUAAUACAUAUACAAAAGACCAGGUGCUGAAAAUGGAGUGCCAAGUGCUUAAUGGUCUGGGAUAUAAUCUUUCUGUUCCCACAAUCAAAACAUUUCUCAGGAGAUUUCUUAGAGCAGCGCAGGCUUCUCACAAAGCUCCUUCUGUAACUCUGGGUUAUCUGGCCAAUUAUCUUGCGGAGUUGACUUUGACCAAUUACAAUUUCCUGAGGUUUCUCCCUUCAGUGGUGGCAGCCUCGGUAGUCUUUCUUGCCAGAUGGACACUUGACCAAUCAGAUCUCCCAUGGAACUGUACUCUGGAGCAUUACACCUCAUACAAAAGUUCUGAUAUUCAAAUAUGUGUAUGCGCUCUAUGGGAACUUCAGGGCAACACCAACCGAUGCCCCCUUAAUGCCAUACGUGAAAAGUAUCAGCACAAAAAGUUUUAUUUCUCGUUGCAGUUUGAAUGUGUAGCCAACAUGUUGUCGCCGGAGCUGGCUCAGUCGCUCUUUAGUAGACAAGCUAACGACACCAAUCCCCUGCUGAUCAAUGACUCUUAG